GACCCGCAGAGGUGGCGGCGGCCAGUGGCAGGAGGAUGGUGCAGAAAGAGAGCCAGGCGGCGCUGGAGGAGCGGGAGAAUGAACUCAGUUCUAACCCAGCCGCCUCUGCGGGCGCAUCGUUGGAGCCGCCGGCAGCUCCAGCCCCUGGGGAAGACAACCCAGGAACCGGGGCUGGGGGAGCGGCAGUGACCGGGGCGGCAGGAGGGGCUCGGAGGUUCUUGUGUGGCGUGGUGGAAGGAUUUUAUGGAAGACCUUGAGUUAUGGAACAGAGAAAAGAACUCUUUAGAAGGCUCCAGAAAUGGGAAUUGAAUACAUACUUGUAUGCUCCAAAAGAUGACUAUAAACAUAGGAUGUUUUGGAGAGAAAUGUAUUCAGUGGAGGAAGCUGAGCAACUUAUGACUCUCAUCUCUGCUGCCCGGGAAUAUGAGAUAGAGUUCAUCUAUGCUAUCUCGCCUGGAUUGGAUAUCACUUUUUCUAACCCUAAGGAAGUAUCUACAUUAAAACGCAAAUUGGACCAGGUUUCUCAGUUUGGAUGCAGGUCAUUUGCUUUGCUUUUUGAUGAUAUUGACCAUAAUAUGUGUGCAGCAGACAAAGAGGUAUUCAGUUCUUUUGCUCAUGCACAAGUCUCCAUCACAAAUGAAAUUUAUCAGUACCUAGGAGAGCCAGAAACUUUCCUCUUCUGUCCUACAGAAUAUUGUGGCACUUUCUGUUAUCCAAAUGUGUCUCAGUCUCCUUAUUUAAGGACUGUGGGUGAAAAGCUUCUACCUGGAAUUGAGGUCCUUUGGACAGGUCCCAAAGUUGUUUCUAAAGAAAUUCCAGUAGAGUCUAUUGAAGAGGUUUCUAAGAUUAUUAAGAGAGCUCCAGUAAUCUGGGAUAACAUUCAUGCUAAUGAUUAUGAUCAGAAGAGGUUGUUUCUGGGCCCAUACAAAGGAAGAUCUACAGAACUCAUCCCACGGUUAAAAGGAGUCCUGACUAAUCCAAAUUGUGAAUUUGAAGCCAACUAUGUUGCUAUCCACACCCUUGCUACUUGGUACAAAUCAAACAUGAAUGGAGUGAGAAAAGAUGUAGUGAUGACUGACAGUGAAGACAGUACUGUAUCAAUCCAGAUAAAGUUAGAAAAUGAAGGCAGUGAUGAAGAUAUUGAAACUGAUGUACUCUAUAGUCCUCAGAUGGCUCUAAAGCUAGCUUUAACAGAAUGGUUGCAAGAGUUCGGUGUACCUCAUCAGUAUAGCAGUAGGCAAGUUGCACACAGUGGAGCUAAAGCAAGUGUAGUUGAUGGGGCUCCCUUAGUCACAGCUCCCUCUUUAAAUGCCACAACAGUAGUUACAACAGUUUAUCAGGAGCCCAUUAUGAGUCAGGGAGCAGCUCUGGGUGGUGAACCUACACCUCUGACCAAGGAAGAAGAAAAGAAACAGCUAGAUGAGGAACCCAUGGACAUGGUAGUAGAGAAACAAGAAGAAACAGAUCACAAGAAUGACAAUCAAAUACUAACUGAAAUUGUUGAAGCUAAAAUGGCAGAGGAAUUGAAACCGAUGGACACUGAUAAAGAAAGCAUAGCUGAAUCAAAAUCCCCAGAGAUGUCUAUGCAAGAAGAUUGUAUUAGUGAUAUUGCUCCUAUGCAGACUGAUGAACAGACAAACAAGGAGCAGUUUGUGCCAGGUCCAAAUGAAAAGCCUUUGUAUACUGCAGAACCAGUGACUCUAGAAGAUUUGCAGUUACUUGCUGAUCUGUUCUACCUACCUUAUGAGCAUGGACCUAAAGGAGCACAAAUGUUACGGGAAUUCCAGUGGCUUCGAGCAAAUAGCAGUGUAGUUAGUGUCAAUUGCAAAGGCAAAGACUCUGAAAAAAUUGAAGAAUGUAGGUCUCGAGCGGCCAAGUUUGAAGAGAUGUGUGGACUAGUGAUGGGAAUGUUCACUCGGCUUUCCAAUUGUGCCAACAGGACAAUCCUUUAUGACAUGUACUCCUAUGUUUGGGAUAUCAAGAGUAUAAUGUCUAUGGUGAAGUCUUUCGUACAGUGGUUAGGGUGUCGUAGUCAUUCUUCAGCACAGUUCUUAAUUGGAGACCAAGAACCCUGGGCCUUUAGAGGUGGUCUAGCAGGAGAGUUCCAGCGUUUGCUGCCAAUUGAUGGGGCAAAUGAUCUAUUUUUCCAACCACCCCCACUGACUCCUACCUCCAAAGUUUAUACUAUCAGACCAUAUUUUCCUAAAGAUGAGGCUUCCGUGUACAAGAUUUGCAGAGAAAUGUAUGAUGAUGGAGUGGGUUUGCCUUUUCAAAGUCAACCUGACCUUAUUGGAGACAAAUUAGUAGGAGGACUGCUUUCCCUCAGCCUGGAUUACUGUUUUGUCCUAGAAGAUGAAGAUGGUAUAUGUGGUUAUGCCUUGGGCACUGUAGAUGUGACCCCCUUCAUUAAAAAAUGUAAAAUUUCCUGGAUUCCAUUCAUGCAGGAGAAGUACACAAAGCCAAAUGGUGACAAAGAACUCUCAGAAGCUGAGAAAAUAAUGUUGAGUUUCCAUGAAGAACAGGAAGUGUUGCCAGAAACUUUCCUCGCCAACUUCCCUUCUCUGAUCAAGAUGGAUAUUCACAAAAAAGUAACUGACCCAAGUGUAGCCAAGAGUAUGAUGGCUUGCCUCCUGUCUUCACUGAAAGCUAAUGGCUCCCGGGGGGCUUUCUGUGAAGUGAGACCAGAUGAUAAAAGAAUUCUGGAAUUUUACAGCAAGUUAGGCUGUUUUGAAAUUGCAAAAAUGGAAGGAUUUCCAAAGGAUGUGGUUAUACUUGGUCGGAGCCUGUGACACUGUUGGCACCAUGAACUGUCCAAAACUCUUAACUCCACCUUGUGGUUGGUGGUUGGGGUCUUCAUACGGUUCUGCGUCUGGAGCAGCAACAUAUCAGUCCAUUUGAAUUGAAAACAAAGACAACUUUGUAAAACUCACCCAUCACACUUUCAGACUCCUGACUGGUUGGAAGAAGAUAGUAUACUGCUGCAAAUUCUGUAUGAAACAGACAUGUGGGGCCCUUCUUCUGGGUCUUAUGUCUUGUGUUAGGUGCUAAGACACCUUAGGUGGGCUUAUAGGGAGGAUCUUCAAUAAAUGUAGUCAGCACUAUUUUUCUGUAUCCAGUGUUGCAUUUCUCACCUAAGAGUAAUCAAAAUCACUUCUGGCAUCCUCUUUGGUUUAUUGAAUGAAAUGUCUCAUUCUUUGGAGACAUGCAGAGUUGAGAAAGAUUUUAGUGGGUUUCAGAGCCUUCAGGGUUGAUUUUCCAGGUGGGAUGGUUUGGCAUUAGUUUAAGAUGAAUAAAUGAUUUCAAUUUGGGGCAGUUUUUCUGCUUUUUGUAAAGCUAUGGCUGAUUGUCUCCUGUAGUAACCAUUGGUUCAGGCAUGUUGUACUUUGUAGGGACAAAAAUGUGCAGUUGUUUGUGUAAAAGCCUAAAACUGACAAACUUGUAAAUUUCUUUGUAUAUAAACUAGCUGUAACUUGA